AUGAUACUGGGGUGCUAUGGCUGUUGCUUCGACAGCGACGAUGGGAAGCAGGUCAGCACCUGCCGCCUCCAAGACGGCGUGUACGACGAUCUCGUGCUGCCGUGCGGCGCCGAGAUGUCCACCCGCGAGGGCGAGGUGCAGGAGGCGGGGCGGUAG